UUCAUCACAUCACUGAGGAGGACCGUGCGAUGUUUUAAUCUAGAUAUAGGAUUUUCAAACGAUUUUGGAGGAAAUUUGCUGGUUCUUGCGAUAUUCCCCUAAUUCAUUUUUUUUCCUCCCUCUGCAAAAAAGUAGGUAGAUUCAAACUUUAUCCGAAAUAACUGGUGGAUAUUUGUACGCUGCCCCUGAGGAACUAGCUGGUCGUCUCCAGAAGUCCAGAGGAAGCCAAGAGAUGGGCUCCGCUUCGCUGGCGACGCAGCCUUCGCCGGCGGCGUGCCUCCCGUCCCUGCCCGCCGGCGGCCGUCUCCGCCUCCGCCUGGCUCCACCACCCCGCGCUCCGCCGCGCCUCUGCAAGCGCGCCGGCAAACUCCGGGUUGUUACCAUCAGAUCAGCUCAUAGUGGUGUGAGCAAUGUAUCUGUAGAAACCCCUCCUGACAAUGAGGCAUCCGUGACCGGUGCUGCUUACGGCUUCAGAGGAGCAACAACAUCGCUUACGAAUGAGAUGUUAACUUUGUCGAAGAAGAUUACUCUUGUCAGGCAUGGUUUGAGCACUUGGAAUGCGGAAAGCCGCGUACAGGGAAGCUCAAAUCUGUCCGUGUUAACAGAAACUGGUGCCAAGCAGGCAGAGAAAUGUCGCGAUGCCCUUGCGAACAUGAAAUUCGACGUUUGUUUCUCUAGUCCUAUCUCACGGGCAAAGUCAACUGCCGAAAUUAUAUGGAAGGGAAAGGAGGAGCCUCUUAUAUUUCUUGAUUCUUUAAAAGAGGCUCAUCUAUUCUUCUUAGAGGGCAUGACCAAUGCGGAUGCUAAGAAGGAAUAUCCAGAGUUGUACACCAGAUGGCGGGAGGAUCCUUCAAAUUUCAAGGUCAAUGGCAUAUACCCAGUUCGGAAGUUAUGGGGAACAGCAAGAGAAGCUUGGAAGGAAAUCUUGCUUACUCCAGGAGAAAAUAUGUUGGUCGUUACUCACAAAUCUAUUUUGCGCGCACUCAUCUGCACCGCGCUAGGUCUUCCUCCUGAGAGGUUUCGUUCCAUUGAUGUGAACAAUGGUGGCAUGUGCGUCUUCACUGUAAACAAGCGAGGAGAGGCUAUGCUUCAAGCCCUUAACAUGACAGCACACAUGUAUAGUGACCAUACAUACCAGUAUUAGUUAUCUGUUCUUCUCUUUUUUGGGGGGGUGUCUGCAUUUCUGUCAAGUAUAUUAGCAGUUUAGCACACCCUGAUUAGACAAACUUCAUUCUCGAUGAAAUAGCAUGGAUAGGUCACACAAAUCGACCCUCUCUGAUAUAGUUGUUGAUGUGAAUAUAAACUGUUUACAAGGAUCAACUACUCAACUAGUGAUGCGCUGAAAAGUGAAAACUGAACAUUUUUUAACCAGUCUAA